UAAUAAGCUGAGAUGAGAAAUAAACCCGCUCACUACAUUACAAGGACUUAAAACCCUCCUUGCUCCUAAUCUUCCUCGCGAGCCGAGCUCUAGCCUGCAGGAAGGAUGGUGACGCCACUUCCGCAGGGUUAAACCGGGGAAAGUUGUUUCCUGAACACAUUUUGCGUGCACUUGUGGACGUUUUCUUUUUCUUUUUAGUGGAUUUUCAGCUGAACUCGCAGUAUUAACACGCAGCAGGAUCAAAAUGCGUGUGGGCAGAUAAUACUAACAAUGCUGAAGUGUCGUGUUUGAGGAGUUUUAGAGCAUGGAGGUGACGAGCAAAGAGGACAGCCAGUCUGUUGCAUUGCCUGAUGAUGAGGUGAAUGUACAGCUCCAGCUACUCGAGUGCCGAGCGCAGUUGGAGCACUGGCAGGGAGUGGCGAAGAUCUGUGAGCUGAGCAAACAGGAGGAGCUACAGGACCUGCAGAGACAGUGUGACCAGGAGAUACAGUCACUUCACGAGGCUAUGAGAGAAACAGCCUCUCAGUAUGAAGCCAGAAUAUCUGCCCUACAAUCAGAGCGUGCUCAGUGGAGGAGAGCAGGGUUCAGUCCAGAAAACAGGGACAGCAUAAAGAAGGGAAGGAUUGAGAGCGCCUCUCCACCUAGUGACAGGCUAAAGAACGAGUGUGCUGCAGGAGACUGUGAGUCUCAGGAACUGCUAACCGAGCCCUCUGAUGCAGAGAGUACAGGGCUCCAUAUGGAAGGAUUCUACACACAGCAGUGUGACUCCUCCUCUCUGUCCUGCUUCUCUCUGGAUACCCCGUCCCUGCCCCGGCGCAUGCCCCCUCAGGAUGACACCGCUUCCCUGGUUUCGACAGGAACCCUUGUGCCUGAAGCUAUCUACCUACCCCCACCAGGACACCGUCUGGUCACACACGCAGACUGGGAUGGACUCCAGGCACAAGUGUCAGAACUUCAGGAGGAAUUAACCCACUUGAGAGAGCAGAAGGCACAACUUGAGAAAGAGCUGGACAUUCAGACGACAGAAACCCAGAAACAGGUGGCAGUGCUGCAGUCCCAGGUGCAGACCUCUGAGACUCUCCUCCAAGAACUGCAGAAAUCUUUCAGCCAAUCACAGAGCACUGUACAGAGCAGAUUGAAGGAACUGUCUCUGUCUCAGAGGAGAGUAUGUAGUGAGCUGUCCAGGUUGAAAGGGGGAGAGAUGGAAGAAAGCAUAGCUGGGGAUGAACAACCAGAAUUAUUUACUCUACAGGGAGCACACACAGAAGAGAGGCUGCGUAUUGAAAUUGUGAACUUGAGGGAGCAGCUGGAGAUGCGUACAGAAGAGAGUGAGGUCCUGGAGGUCCAGCUCUCCAGCCUUAAAACAGAGACCGACCGCAUCCAAAGCAAUAAAGAAAAGUUGGAGGGUGAGCUGCAGGAAUGUCGCACUGAGCUGCAAGGCCUCCGGGUGGCCCUAUCUCAUCUCCAGAGGGACAUCAAGACCCAGAGCCAUGACAAGGCGGUGAUACAGGAUCAAUGUUUAGAGCUGCGCAGUCAGGUGAUCAGUCUGCGCAGUCAGUUGGACACCAGCCAGGCUGUACAGAGAGACUUUGUGCAGCUUUCGCAGUCACUACAGGUGAGGAUGGAGCAGAUUCGUCAGGCAGAAUCUCUGGACCAAGUCAGGCGCAUCCUUGGAGAACCACUUGAAGAAGAAAGUGAGCAAGUCAGCAGUGCCACCUGAGCCAGUAGGACAUUAUCACCCUUUCUCUGGACCAAAGUGAAAAGGAUCUCUUUAUGUUAUGUCCACAGAAAUGAACCCAGAUCAUGCUCAGAGUCUAGCAAACUACCAAUUAUUAUUAACUGUGGUAAAUUUAGGAGACCAGCUUAUUUUACCGUUUCAGUGGACAUUGUUCUCUUACACGGCUUACUAACUGAAGCAUUUUACAAUAUACGGCUGAAUCUCAGCAAGUUAGACCUAACGGAUGAUGAACUUAACAAGUCUUUGACACUGUGUCAACUAACCAGACAUCAACUCGAUUAUAGUAACUGUACAUUAAAAUGGAGGGUGAGUAUCACUUGGCCAGUAUCCUUUUACUAAACCUUUCACAUGCGUACUCUUACAUAGAUUAUAUACAUUCCUCAUUUUCAUAUCUGUCACCAGCUAAAUGAUCAGAAACUGAAAAAUCUUUCUAAAAGUGGCACACUAUUUGAUACCAUUCGAUGCUGCAAAAAAUAAGCAAUAAUGAAAUUUUCCUAAGCGGUUAUUGUUACAGCAGUGUGCUGUAGGGAAAGUAUAAAUCUGAUACAACUUAUUGUUGUACAUUUAUAAUAACGGUUAACAUGGGCAUUUCACCGUGUAAACCUGCCCAAAGUUAGACACAAAUGACCUCCUCAGGCGUGUUUUAUUGCAGGGAACAAUAAUAUCUUUAUAUAUGAACUUUCCUAGACUGUGACCUGAUAUUAUCUUAUGACUCCAUGUAAAGUAAAUUAACACUAGGCUUAAUCUGGGGCCAAGACACUAGUCUUGUAAAUGCAUGAGUUCAGUACCAUGAUAAUAUUUAUCAUGUUGUUUGCCAUGAUUGGCUUCAUACAUCAUACCACUGUAAAUUAACAUUUGGCAUUUCACAGCGAGUAUUUUCUGUUUGGUUUUGUGUUCUACUUGGACAUGUUUUAUUAAAAACCCCCUUAUGCCCAAAAGAAGAGUGGUGG